AUGCCGAAGCCCCGCCAGCCGCGCCUCCCCGCCGCGCGCCGUCUCGCGCCCGCCAGUUCCGCCAACCCCGCUCCUCCGCCGCUCCCCCGUCAUUCCCGCGCCGUGCGCAAUCUCCCCCGCAGCCUGCGCAGUCUCCCCCUCUCCGUCUCCCUCCCCCUGCUGCUGCUCGUCGCGCUGCUCCGCCACGCGCCCGUCGCCGCGGGGCUGCUCCGCCUCAAGUCGCCGCAGCAGCUCAGCUACUCCUUCGCCUCCACCGACGCGGACUUCGGCCCCGUCAUCCCGUUCAGCGGCUUCUGGGGACGGCUGUAUCCGACGGUACCCGCCAACGCAUGCCAGCCGAUUCAGAACCGCGUGCCGCCCGGCACCGUGCAGUUCGCGCUGAUUGCGCGCGGAGACUGCUCCUUCGGGCGGAAGGUGCAGAACGCGCAAUUCGCGGGGUACGCUGCGGCGGUUGUGUACAAUAACGAGUCCAACCAAGACCUCGCUAUAGUGGCCGAGAACCAGCGCAUGGGCAUCACGAUUCCCUCCGCCUUCAUCUCCCUAGAAGACGCAUCCAUCAUUCUCUCAGUCAUCCAGCCCUACCCCGAAACCAUUGCCAUCCUCUACCCCGCGCAGCCCUACUACACCACCUCGGCCUACUCCUGGUCCUUUAUCAUCUGGAUCUCCUCCCUCCUUGCUAUCGGCAUAAUGCUCCUCACGUUUCUCUGCAUCUGCCGGUAUCGUAUUAGGAACGCUGUGGCAGGAGCGGCGGCAGCGGCGGGGGUGAAUCCGGCUUUUCUUCCCAUUCAGCUGACCGCCUCGCCGGAUAAAAUGACGUUGGAGGAGGUUAUGGCGCUGCCCGAGAAAACUUUUCUGGGUUUGCCGAGUCUCAAGCGGGCAGAGGCUGAAAAGGACGGCAGCAAGGGGGAUAAGAGUGAAGGGGUUGAGAAGGAGACGGCUGACAGGAAGGAAGGGACUGAAAUUGCAGCGACUGUAACGAGCUGGGAAGCAGUCAGGAAAAACUAA